AGAUUUCCUCCUGGGCCCAUGACUUGUUGGACCUUUAACGCUUCGCCGUCGUUAAAUAUUCCUCUCACGCUGCUUAUUCCCGGAACCUGCUUACUGGAUCCAUCUGUUCCGCUCUCAUGGGGCUACUCGAUCACUUGUGGGAUGACACUGUCGCCGGCCCUCCGCCGGAGAACGGCCUCGGCAAGCUCCGAAAGCACAACACCUUUGCUUUCCGAUCCAACUCUGGCAAGGAAUCAGACAGCGGAAGCGUGAAGUCAUACGGUGAGGAUUCGCCGGAAGAUGCGAUGAGAGUUACACGCAGUAUCAUGAUCGUGAAGCCACCUGGAUACCAGAGUCAGAGUGGAUCGGCGCCGGUUUCACCCGCCGGUUCUACUCCUCCGCUGUCUCCGUUUUCAGGAGGAGCUAGAGAGUCCUUCCGCUUUCGAAGAAGGUCGACAUCGGAUGCGUUCGAGAAGACUCGCCAGAACAGACCAAGCUCUUCUUCUCCUUUCGAUGUGUGAGAAAUGACCCUCGUCGCUCUCCUCCAUGAUCACUAAAAAAAUGAAAUUAUAGUUUGUUUUCCUCUGCUGUUUUUGAUCAUGCUGUAUCCAUUUUUGUUUACCUUUUGUGCAUAUAUAUAUGGGUGUGUGUGUAUGAGUUCAUCAGUUGAGCGGUUGAAAUCGUGGAAUGAUGCAGAGGUAGGUUUGUGUGGUUUAACAGCUCAGUGUUAGUUUGUCUAUGUUAAACUAGUUAUGGUUAUGGUCGGUUAGCUGUAAAUAUGUAAAAACGCAGGUAUGGGCGUGCUUUUGCUAAGUGUUCUGUGUAUAUAUAUAUAAAGCCUUUUGAAAGGUUUGUUUAA